AGGCGCGCCGCGAUCCCGCGAGGGGCGACUCCGGAGUAGGCGCCGGCAGCGGGCUGCUCCUCGGGAGAGGGAAGCUCUCGUCGGACUGCAGCGCCCAUGCUCCCCGGUCUUCUGGCUCUAGCUGCGACAACAGCCCCGUGAGGAACUGUAUCUUAUACACUUACAACAUAACGUACUAAAACCAGGCCGGCGCCCCUGCCGCUGACGCCCCUUUCCCUCUCUGCUGGACUCCGAGAUAGUCUGCCUCCCGUCCCAGCCCAGGAUGACUCGCAAUCCAGUCUACGAUUACCCCGAACCCUACGCCAACCCCCGGCACGGAGCGGUGGCGUCUCCCCGCAAGGUCAGCCUCGUGGGAAGGCUCCGGCUCACCCAGCCCGUCUGGCUGCAGUUCGGCAUCAACUCGGCCACGGCGCUCCAUAUCUUGCAACGGGAGCCUGCGGGGACGUUUCUGGUGCGGAGAUCAAAUACGCGGCAAUGCCAGGUUCUCUGUUUACGCCUCCCGGACGAUUCAUCCCCAGCGUUUGUCACGACUUACUGCCUGCACCAGGGGCGCACAGGCGUCUCUCUGGAUGGCUCGGAGCUGCUUUUCCCAAGCCUUCUCCACCUGAUUGCUUCGUACUGCUCAUCCCCGGACGUCCUUCCUCUCUCCCUGCGUCUUCCACGGCCCAUCUGGGAAGCCUCAUCUUGCCAACAGCUGGAAGCCAUCGCGCAUUUGGGACUGGAAUUCUGGAACUCAUCUCUCAAUACGAAGGAAUCUGCCGGACCCCCGGUGACCCCGUCCAGGAUGGCCACAGACCCUCUGCCCCACCCCGUCCGUGACCCCCGCCCGCACAGCAGCUCCGAGGAGGCUGGUGGAAGGCCGACCCCGACCCCGGGCGUUCCAGGCCCUCCACCCGAAGGGACGACGCGUGGAGACAUGGGGAUCCGGCGGCAGCACUUCAAGAACAACAUCAAGGUGCAGGUGUCCACGGAGGCCGUCAGCCCCCUGUCUCCUCCAGCUGCCCCACCGCCCCCCAUUCCCGUUGGGAAGAAGAAGCAGACGGAGUAUCUGCCCCAGUCUCCUGUCUCCGUGGGGAGAGGCCAGUCUUCCGAGGAGAGCCCUGUGCGUGACGUUUCCCUGCCCGGCGCGGCAGGGCUUGAAUCCUGCCGUGAGCCACGGAGCGCGGAUACGGAGCCCGUGGGACAUUCGGAGGCACCCGAAACCCCUCUUUCCACCUUGGGGCAGCUGCUACGGGUUCUAGAGGAGGAACAGCCCAGGGUGUAUGCCCACUCUGGCCACUUUCUCUGGGACAUCCAAGCCCAAGAAGGAGGCGAUGUGGAUGGCGGAAUCAGGGACUGUGGCCUGUCGUCUUUUCAUCCUUCUUGAGGCAUAUCCGGAGCUGGGCUUGUGCAGACUGCGCUGCAAAGGACAAGUCCCAGGACCUCUGAGUUUCUCUGGGAUGGGAAGGGGAGGAAGCUUAACGCUCCACACAGGAAAUGCACAGGACCUGCCCAAUCUCCAGGAAAAAACUCAAGCGCCGACUUCUCAAAUCUUCUGAGAAAAGCAGAACCCUGACGGAGUUGGUCCACUUUCCAGGAAAGGGUUUGUUGGAGGGGGGCGCAUGUGUCAAGAGCUCACAUAGUAUAAUGGCUUGUGUCGGCUCAGGCUGGCCUACCUUGCAGGGGUGUUGGGAGGAUCAAGAGGGAAGGAAGCCUGAUGAUGCGGCAGAUUGCCGAGAGCCUUGGAAGAAAGGUGGGAACUUCAAUAUUCAGCUAUGAAGCUUGCUGGGUGGUUUUGGGCUGCUCUUUCGCUCUCAGUUUGGCCUACCUUGCAAGGCUGACAAAUCAGAAUGGGGAAACAUAUAACGCUUGGAAUUUCCUGAACGACACUGAUAUAUAAAAGUUAGUUUUAGGGGUUUGUCCUUUCUUUUGCAGAAGGAAGAUGUGAUGCUCUUACUGAGGAAUAUUUUAUUGAGAUUACAGUUUUGAGUUACAAUGUCCAUAUGUUGUACACAGCUCAAAAUCUUCUUUGAUGAAAGGCAGAUAUGAAAAAUAUUUUCCGUGAUGUGCUAUUAUUAAUAAAUAGAAGCUGCUCA